AUGCGCCUAGAGAGUAGGAGGCUUUCCCUUGAUGGUGCUCGCGCCGGGCUCAUCGGGCGUUUUCGUCGCUUCUCGGGGGCCUUUCGGCCUCGGGGGGCGCUCCUGCGGCUGCGCCUCGCUGAGAGGCUUCUCGGGGAUGCCCGGAUCCUCCCGACCGGCCGCUGGAGAGCCGAGCUGUGGCUCGCGAACCAGCGGGCCACUCUGGGGCGGGGGGGGGGGUACUUUCGCUCCGGGGGGAGACGCGUCGCCCACCCCGCCCGGGAGUGCGCGGAUUCGCUAUCGGGUGCACGCGGCGCCGAUCUCGCGGCGACGCAGCGCCGAUCCGGGGGCGGUGGCUCCCUCCCCGGAGCCGGUGCCACCCGUCACGCUGCCCCUGAGGACUGCGCCUGGCUGCACUGCCCUGGGGCGGACGGGCCCUCCGAGCCCGGCGAGCCGCUGCGAGUGGAGGUGGUCUUCAUCACGAGCGGCUCUUCGCACGCGUGCUGCUCGCCGCGCGUCGUGGUCGACGCCGGCGCGAACCGGAGGCUCCACGUGACGGAGUCCCACCUGAGCAUCGGCCCGGCCGGCGGGGGGGCCGACGCCUCGCUGUCGAACGCGGUCUGCAGAGUCGUGGUCGGCGAGGGCGCGGAGGUGAGGCACGUCUUGUUGCAGCAGAAGGCGGAGACCGCGCGGCUGGUGGAGUCCGUCACGGCGGAGGUGUCCGCCGGCGGCCGGUACGACCUCUGCUUGGUGCAGACCGGCGCCUGCUCCGCGCGCGUCAACGUAGCGGUGGCGCUCCUGGGCGAGUCGGCCGCCUGCGCGCUGAACGGGGUCAUGGUCGCGGCUUCGGAGCAGCAGCUCGACCUGCACUCGCUCAUCCACCACAGCGUGCCCUCGUGCACGAGCAGCCAGAAGCAGAAGCACGUCGUGUCCGACAGCGCCGAGUGCAUCUUCAAAGGCUCCAUCCGCGUGGACAAGGCGGCGCAGCAGACGACGAGCGACCAGAUCUGCCGCUCCCUGCUGGUCACGAAGAAAGCUAAGGUGAAGGCGAUGCCCUCCCUCCAGAUCCAGGCUGACGACGUGGUCUGCAGCCACGGUGCCGCGGUGGCGAAGCUGAAUGAGAGCGAGGUGUUCUACCUGAUGUCCCGGGGGCUUGACAGGCGCAGCGCUCAGGAGCUGUUGCUGGUCGCCUUCCCGCAGGACCUCGUCGGAGGACUGAAAGAGACAGCUCCCAGGGCAUUUCAGCGCAUCGUGGAUAAGCUGGGCUCAAUCGCCGCCUCGGCCAAGGUUGAAGCUUGUUGA